UAUUCGACUAUAAGUUGUGGCUGCAAAAUUAUCUAUUAUGCUGCCGCAGUUCUUGUUCAAGUAGAAUUUCCCUUUACUGAUAAAAUGCUGUAUCGUAGUAUCGUAGUGCUACUACAAUGCAUGAUUGCAAGGUGUCAGGAGUGGAGUGUUAUAAACGGUUCCGUUUUUAGCUUGAUCUUAGUUUGGAUCUUAUUUUCUCAUAGCUGCUGCUAUUACUAAAGUUAACUACAGGCUACUAAGUGCAAAAUGUUAUACGUUUCCUGUAACUCAAAGAUGCGUGUUGUCACUAUGCCACACCUACCCCAUGUUCUGUUUAAUACCGAUACUAGGAACAAUGCAAACAAUUUAAGCAAAGGAGUCGAAAUCAGAAAGUGGCAACUGUUGUAUGAAUUAUGAAUAGGCUAGUCAAAACACUCCGUGACAAGCAAAACAUCAGUGCUGUUCUGUGGCAAGGAUGAAAGACGAAUUCAGGUCACGUCAUAAAACAGAGUUGACUGUAUUUCGUAAGAAAUAUUUAGCCUACUUAUUUCAUGGUUGUCUUUCACAGCCAGGAUUCGUACAUCUGUUUUUCUCCCUCGUAUUAAGAAACGUCCUACUACAUUAGUCUGCUGGAACCAUAGGCUAUUCAUGUGCUUGGCUGUCAGUGUUACCGCAGCAUCCUGAAUGCUCAUAUCCACGCCCCGAAGGUUCACAUCCAAUACUAUCGCUCUUUGGUGCGCUUUGGACGAAAAUGUGGACGAAACUGGCAAAAGCAGUGUUAUUAGCACUUUUCCGGUUGCGCUGACAUCAGAUUGCUAGAACAAUGUAAUUGUGCAGUCAUCAUCUACCCAUGCCGGAUCAGGAAGUCAUGUCAAAACACGAUUUUAAAUGCGAGUUAACAUACUCGAACUCUUAGAUAGGGGCUCAAAACUUCCAAACAUACGCCAUCUGGCGGAGACAAUAAUGGCUGGGUCCCAAACUCUCAUGCAAAAUCGUCCAGAACGUCCAGUUUUCCAGUCGUUCACAUGAGGCUCUUAUUUUGAAACGCAGUCAGGAAACGCUACAGGAAGUAUGUCGCCUGCCUGACGUUAACGUUACAUACUGUUAUCCGAGCGCGCUAUCAGGUACCAGUAAAACACGAAAGAUGGCAUCGUCAUUUGUGACUGGGUGUAAGUUUCGAGAAAGGACAAAGAAGUUGAUGGAAGAUGAUACUUCAUUUCCGCAAAAUUUACGGGAGGAACUGGAAACGAUUCUGGCAAAGGAGCAACCACCUACCCUGUCUUUCAGGACCGCAAGGAAGUUACAAAAAUAUCUGCAGGACAGCGGAUACCCAGUCUACCUUCAUGAGUUGCUGGAAGACAGCUCUAUAUACCUGCCUCAUGUUGAACAGCCCCCAAGAAACCCCCAGCUGGUGGCUCGUCUGGAGCGGAUUAAGGCAAAACUGGCUAAUGAAGAAUAUAUGAGGAUAACCAGAAAUGUAAACUCUCAGGAAAUGAGCCGUCAUGGGACGCUAGCUGACUUGGGAAGACAAGUGCGCUCAGUCAAAGCUGCCGUUGUCACGGUCUUCAACUUCUUGGUGACGGUGGUGGCAGCUUUUGCUUGUGCCUACCUGGGCAGUCAGUACCUCUUCACAGACGUAGCUGCGAGGGUGAUUUCUGCCGUGAUUGCAGCGUCUGUGGUGGGUCUCGCAGAGCUGUAUGUUCUGGUUCGGACCAUGGAAGGAGAGCUAGGGGAGCCAUAACAUCCGUAGCCUGCACAGUCACCUGCUAAAUGGAACUCCACCCUCAUUCAACUAGCGAUUAAACACUGAGGUCUUAGUUCAGCUAUGUCUGUGCUGGACCAUGAAAGCCUGGACAUGUAAAAUGUUAUGUGCUCUAUAUGAGUAUACACAUGAUUAUUUCAUAUAUACAAAUGAUUAAUGACAGCAGGAAAGCUGUGUUGGAAUAAAUCAUGAUAAUGAAGUGGAUCAUAAUAGGGAUAUCUUUACACGCUGUCAAAAUGAACUUACUAUAGUAAUUUAUUUUGUGUAAGACUAUGUAAAAUAAUGUUCUGUCUGUUUCUUUCCCAUUGUCAGUUUCAUUAAGUUUUGUAGCAUCUGAGAUGGACUUGAAACCUCCUCAGGUACAUAUGAUCCACUUUCAUUAUUAUUACAUUUAUGGGGAUUGUAUAAUAGAUUUAGUGAAUGGAUGUAAAGAUUUUUUAAUAUUUGACAUUCCUGUUUUUCAUCUGUUGUUUCUUGUGGCCGUAUGUUCCCAAGCGUUGUGAUGCACUGUGUGUUGUGCAGUGUGGUGUAAUGGUUAAGGAGAUGGGGUUUUAACCCAAAGGUGGUGGACUUGGUGUCCUGUUGAGGGCUUGCCUUUGGUAUACUUUGAGCAAUAUGUUUA